AGCGUUUCCUGUCGGGUUUGUUGUUUCCGGUGUGGAUGCAGCUGUUGGAGGUCCCAGCAUCAAAAUGACCAAGCUGCAGCUGCUGAACGCUUACCUGACGGAGCGGCUGACGGUGGUUGUGAAGGAGAUCCUGGACGUGGUGGAGGACACGGUAGCCGAGUACCGGGAGGAGACUGCCAGAGCCAAGCGGGAGAACGAGAGCCUGCGGAGGCAGCUGCGGGACAUCCUGCUCCUGGAGGCCGGGACCGAGUGGCUGAAGUCCACCAGGUCCAGUCUUGGUUUGGUGGCUCCCGAUCGGCCUGGUGAGCCCGAGCGGAGGCCUCGCUCCGAAGAGCCGGACUCCCGCCCGAACCCACCCAGGCCGCUGCCGCCUAAUGUGGCCAAGCCCACCCAUGAGCAGGUGGUGUCCGUGCAGCUGCUGGCGGUCCACAGCGACUCAUCUCCGGGGCCAGUGCACCUGCCUGUGGAGAAGAAGCUCUUGGAGCUGCGGGACGUGGCACCGAAGCCUGACCGUCUACAGGAAGCGUUUGGGAAAACUUCACCUGUCACCUCGCACUCCUCCCUAAACCCUCCCACUGUCUCCGUCCCCAAAAUUCACAUUGAAGUUCCUGCAGUGCUCAGGGAGGAGCCCCGGGCUCCGCCCCCCGUGCUCGUCAAAGCCGAACCAGAGGAGUACAGCGUGAGCAAGCCCAAAGGUCGCACGGACUCUCUAACUGAGGCCGCAGACGGUGCCGCCGAAGAGUUCUGGAGCAGGGCGGAGGCGGAGAGGACGGUGGUGGUGGUGCGCGCUGAAAGGCAGGAAGCUGAGCGGAGCAGGAAGUCCUCCCAGGAGAAGCCGGCAGCCGGAGACAGCGCAGCGUCCGCUUUCAUCCCCGAACUUGUCCAUCGCUGCCCACGCUGCGGCGAGGCCUUCGGACAGGCUGCCAGCCUCCGCCUCCAUCUGGAGCAGAAGAGGAAGACCUACGCCUGCGACUGGUGCUGCAAGUCGUUCGCGCAGUCGGCGGACCUGCGGCGUCACCUGCGCACGCACACAGGGGAGCGGCCGCACCGCUGCACCUUCUGCUCCAAGAGCUUCAGCCAGAGAGGAAACCUGCGACGGCACCUGCGCAUCCACACGGGCGAGCGGCCGUACAGCUGCCCGUUCUGCUGCCGCACCUUCAGUGACGGCGACACCAUGAAGAAGCACAAGCGCACACACUCGGGAGAGAAACCAUACCGCUGCGCGCAGUGCGCCAAGACCUUCACCAGCGCCAGCGGCCUGCAGAUUCACAUGAAGAAGGACAUGUGCUUUGUGGCUAACGCCUGAUUGGGCGCUUUGGGAAUGGACGCCGUUAAGAUAGAGGGGAAUGAUCAGGCAGAAAUGCUCAGACACACCAUCCAAUCAGAGUCAUCGAAUGAAAGCUGGAUAACCGAUGACGUCACUUUGCAGGGAUGCACCGGUCUGAUGUUUCAGACAGCUGAAGCCGUUUCAGGUGUUCUGUGUUUACUCUCGUUAGCAGCAGGUGAGCUGGCGCAGCAGAGAGCACGCUAACAGCGACGGAACGGUGGGCCGGCAGCGUUUCGUGCUGAUGCACCCACAGAUUUCUUUCUGUGUGUGUAAAACUUUAAACACUGCUCAGCGAUGGCGUUUCCCAUCCCAUCUUCUCCUCUUGUUUUUUAGCUUUGAGCUCCAUGCUAACACGAGCCACGCCUCCUGCUGUCUGCUCCUCUCCAUGUGUGAGGAGGCGCAGGAAAUACUCUGCACUCAGCUCCAAUCAGAGCACAAACUUUAUAUUUAUGUAUUUAUCUGUCACUCUUAUUGCGAGCGAGUGACGGACCUGCCAGCAGAGGCCGUUUUAACCCCUUAUGAGCCAGUUUCAUAACCUGAAAUCGUUCCUGUCGUGUAACAACGGGCCCGUGUUUUAGAUUUUACCUUCGGCUUUUAUUCAGAUUAUCUUCUGGCAUCAUGAAGCUCACUCAGACAUUUUAGGAGUUUCCAGAACUUUAAGUAAAUUUAUUUAAAGCGUUGGCAGCGAUGAGCUGUCUUCGUGCUGGAUCAGUUUCUGGGACAAAUCCUGGCUGAUGGAGAUUUUUCCCGGAUUGUCACAGUUUGUGGGCUUCUGCUUUUUAAACACUGACCACAGAUCCUGGAUCAGAGCGACUGACGAUUGGAAGAAUCCGGUCAGUCUUUAAAAAAUAAAAGCCCACAAAGCACAAACCUUAGAAUUAGACUUGAAGCCCUGCAGCGAGUGUUUCAGCUGCUGUAGGCGACGCUCGCUCUCUGCCUCCCGGCGAGGAAACUUCCGAGGAGACUCGGAACACCUGAAGCCAGUUUUUCGUGGGUGAAGCGUCGGAUCGGUGCGUCCCUGCUGCUGUCAGCAGACUUACGGAUUCAUGUGAACAACAGAAAACUGGUGAAGCUGUCGGUCAGAGAGCGGCUGACCAAUCAGAGCAGAGGAUGUGACUGAGCUGCAGCUGUGAGUCUGUAGGUGUGAUCAGAGCGAGCUGCAGCAGGAACUGAAAGUGAGACGCAGCGGGCCGACGUGUGAAGGCGUGGGCGAGCGACGGGAAACUGCAGAGGAUGAAGAGCACGCUCCUCCUUGCCCUCCCGUCUUUGACACGGUUUCUCUCUAACAGGACUUGGCGGCGUUUGAAGGCAGCUACAUGGACAUCGUUAUUUAUCUAUUUAUUUUCCUUGCGGGUCACUUCCUGCGCGGCGCUUUGUUUCUUCUGUUUCCAUCACAAAUAUACCCGUCUGUUAUCACAACUGUCUGCUUACUUUGCACCACGAGGCGCUUCCUGAAACACCUCACUGAGCUGCCAGUUUGUUAGGUACGCCUCUACCUUAACGCUGGUCGGGGCUGAUCAGGGCUCACCUCCGACACUGUGCCAGCAUGGAAGCAGCUUAAGAGUCCUGAAGGGAUAUGAAAGGAAAAUAGUCUUUAAACUGACGAAUGAGGCUGUUUGUGUUCGUGGACAGGAAGUUGACAGGUAAAGAGGUCGUGGUGUGUGCUCGGGUGGUUAAAGGGUUAAAUGUGGCUGUUAAUAAACGAGGUAAAAAGACACGUGGACCCUGACUCUGAAAACUAAAAGUUUUAUUUUGACUCAGUGAGGCUAAAAAAGUCAAAACAAAAAAAACUGAUGAGGUGACAGGUAAUAUCAGGACAUAACGGGGUGCUGAGCACAGAUAUGCCACCAGAGGGCAGUAUAUGCUGAUGGGCUGGUAACCAUGGUAACUACAUGUUUACUAAAAUAAGACAGUAUAACAGAUGAGCGUAGAUCUGUGACAUCACACUGCGAGUGAAGUGUUUUCUCCAUCUUAGUGUUUUGGAAGUGGGCGGGUCUGUCUGUGAUUGACAGGUCUCCGCCCCUGGUUUAUUAUUCAGAUAGUUCACUGAGCUCAGAUCAGCUGAGCUCAUUUUCUCAGGUCAAGUCUCUCAAAUCAGCGAUCCUGGUAAAACUCCUGAGACCCACCUGAGCGUUUAAAAUGUAUGUAAAAGUAUAAAAAACUGCCUCCACCUGUGAGACUGUCUGUGUUAAACUAUCAGAUCUGACAGAUUUCAAGGCGCAGCUUUUAACUCUGAGAGGAAAGAAGAAAAGUAACUGAGUUCAUGACAAAUAUGAUGUAAGUCAGCGAGUACAAACAGCUGCUCUGUUUUAGGAUCAGAUUUUAAAGCCUUUAUUCAAAUAUUUCAUUCCACAAUCUCUGAAAGUGAAGGUGUGCAUGCUCCUUGUUUCCUCCCAACAGGACGAACGGAAAGGCUGAUCAAAAACAGGAAAUGCAAGCGAGUGAAUUUUUAUCUGAAUUAUGCUGAAGGUCCCUAAUAAUGAUCAGUGCUAGCACCUGCACAGCACACUCACCUGUCCACCAUGUUUACCUGCAGCUCACAGGAACCAGGUGGAGUUCAUGUCUGCAGCAGGUCGGCCAUCACAUCGUACAGUCUAUUAAGGUUUCAGUGUUUCUGCUGAAACCGCCGUCAGCGCAUCAGCUCAUCAGCGCGACAUACAGAAGCUGAGAAGUCCUGAAGUCCUACCUCUCAGGAGACCGUCGUGCCGACUCGCUGUCGAGCCCCAACCUGCGCUGAAGACUGUCGCGUUCAAGACCGGACAUCAACAAAAUCACCUACUGACCAAUCAAAUCGCUCCGAGUGCAGGUGUGAAAAGCUGUUUUAUUGGUCCAAAAGCAUCAAUAACAUCAAAGGCAGCAUCUGUUUGUCCACGUCAUGUUAAACCUGUGAGGUUGAGCAGAUCUGUGUCGGUUCACUGAGCUGAGAAACGUGGAGCCAUCUGUUUGAUACUAGCUCCUCCUCCUCAGAGGAAGAGCUUCCCAGAACUAGAACUUGCUCUUCCUGGACUUCCUGGUUCCUGAUGUUGAACAAAAAAUUGAAACCUUUUCUGAGUUUGUUGUGACCCUUUCAGACAGAUUCUCCUCUCAGAGUUGAAGCUGCUUCCUGCAGCAUCAAUACAGACGCCACAUUAAACACAGUCCAGGUGUCUUCCUGUGCUUACCUGAUGAGAGCUCUUGUGCUGCAUUCAAGGCCUGUGGUAUAUCUUCAGCCCUGUGUCAGAUACAGAUGAGGUGUUCGCUGUAAAUUGGACGUUUUGUUACUUUGAGUUUAGAAUUUUAAUUUAAACAACAAGUUUGGCUUCCAGCAAUGUAAUUGAGAUAAAUUAUUGAUAUAUUAUUGUCAUAUUCUCUGUUCAGCACAUCUCUGUCCUGUGGCAGCUCUCGUUCGGUUCACAUUGAUUCAUUUCUUUUAGUUUUGUCGGCUGAAUUAUGAGUAAAGUUCAUAAAUACAUAAUUUUUCCAGAUUCUUUGAUGAAUAUGAGUUUUGCUGUAACAAAGCAGCCCUGCUUCAGCAGCUGAUGUGAGUG